GCCGGCACAGCCCGGCCACGAGACUCCUUGACAGCGGCGCGGCUCGGGGCUCCGGAGCGCAGAGAACGAGGAGGAGGGAAGAGCGCGAGCAUCGCGGCCCGGCGGCGGCGCGCGCCGAGGUCCCCUCUGAAGCAGCUGGGAGCUCAGGUCUCCCCAUUUCUGAGGAGCGGGUCAGCCAGAGGAGGAAGGGAUGGUGAGGAUCGUACCCAGGCUCUGAGGAGUGAGUCGCAGCCUGGAGCCCCAAGUGGGAGCCGCAGCACUGGGGUGACUCAAGAAGAAUCGACGCUCUGGCCCGUGGCGACAUGUACACGGUGUAAUGACAGGGAAUGAGCAGGUUGGCAGAAAAAUUGGUGGCCUGGAAUUGAAGAGUAAGGAAUCUGUGCUUGGCUCUGGCUGAGACCAUGGCCAAUGGCGUUGACGAGCUCAUUGGCAUCCCCUUCCCCAACCACAGCAGCGAGGUCCUGUGCAGCCUGAACGAGCAGCGGCACGCGGGGCUGCUGUGCGAUGUGCUGCUGGUGGUCCAGGAGCAGGAGUACCGCACGCACCGCUCCGUGCUGGCUGCCUGCAGCAAGUACUUCAAGAAGCUGUUCACGGCCGGCAGCCUGGCCAGCCAGCCCUACGUCUACGAGAUCGACUUUGUCCAGCCCGAGGCCCUGGCUGCCAUCCUGGAGUUCGCCUACACCUCCACGCUCACCAUCACCGCCUCCAACGUCAAGCACAUCCUCAACGCUGCCAGGAUGCUGGAGAUCCAGUGCAUCGUGAACGUGUGCCUGGAGAUCAUGGAGCCCGGCGGUGACGGCGCCGAGGAGGACGACAAGGAGGACGACGAUGACGAUGAAGACGAUGACGAUGAGGAGGACGAGGAGGAGGAGGAGGAAGAGGAGGAGGACGAUGACGACACAGAGGACUUUGCUGACCAGGAAAACCUGCCUGACCCUCAGGACAUCAACUGCCCCCAAAGCCCCUCCAAGUCGGACCAUCUCACGGAGAAGGCCUAUUCGGACACACCCAGGGACUUCGCCGACUCCUUUCAGGCUGACAGCCCCGGCCAUCUGGGAGUGAUCCGAGACUUCUCCAUCGAAUCCCUGUUGCGGGAGAAUCUGUACCCCAAAGCUAACAUCCCGGACAGGAGACCCUCCUUAUCUCCAUUCGCCCCAGACUUCUUCCCACAUCUUUGGCCAGGGGACUUCGGUGCCUUUGCCCAGCUGCCUGAGCAGCCCAUGGACAGUGGGCCACUGGAUCUGGUCAUCAAGAACCGCAAGAUCAAGGAGGAGGAGAAGGAGGAGCUGCCCCCGCCCCCGCCCCCGCCCUUCCCUAGUGACUUCUUCAAGGACAUGUUCCCUGACCUGCCUGGGGGCCCUCUGGGCCCCAUCAAGGCGGAGAACGACUACGGUGCCUAUCUCAACUUCCUGAGUGCCACCCACCUGGGGAGCCUCUUCCCACCCUGGCCGCUGGUGGAGGAGCGCAAGCUGAAGCCCAAGGCCUCUCAGCAGUGCCCCAUCUGCCACAAGGUCAUCAUGGGGGCCGGGAAGCUGCCCCGGCAUAUGCGGACCCACACCGGGGAGAAACCCUACGUGUGCAGUAUCUGCGAAGUCCGCUUCACCAGGCAGGACAAGCUGAAGAUCCACAUGCGGAAGCACACGGGGGAGCGGCCCUACCUGUGCAUCCACUGCAACGCCAAGUUCGUGCACAACUACGACCUCAAGAACCACAUGCGCAUCCACACGGGCGUGCGGCCCUACCAGUGCGAGUUCUGCUACAAGAGCUUCACGCGCUCCGACCACCUGCACCGGCACAUCAAGCGCCAGAGCUGCCGCCUGGCGCGGCCCCGGCGCGGACGCAAGCCCGCCGCCUGGAGGGCCGCCAGCCUGCUCUUCGGGCCCGGCGGCCCCGCGGGCCCCGACCCCGCCGCCUUCGUCGUGCCGCCCGCGCUGGGCGAGGUGGGCGGCGCGGCGGCGGCCGUGUGCCUCCCGGGCCCGGGCGCUGCCAGCCCGGCCAAGCACUUCCUGGCCGCGGCUCCCAAGGGCGCCCUGAGCCUGCACGAGGAGCUCGAGCGCCAGUUCCAGGAGACGCAGGUGAAGCUGUUCGGGCGCGCGCAGCUCGAGGCCGAGAGGAGCGCGGGCGGCCUGCUGGCCCUGGCCCUGGCCGAGAACGUGGCCGCCGCCGCCGCCAGGCCCUACUUCCCGCUGCCCGACCCCUGGGCCGCGGGCCUGGCCGGUCUCCCCGGGCUCGCAGGCCUCAACCACGUGGCCUCCAUGUCCGAAGCCAACAACUAGGCUGGCCCUGGUGGUGGAGCCCCAGAUCCUCCCUUAGGCUUGGUCCCCAACUCCCCUUCCCCAGUUCCCACGCCCUGCCACACACCUUCCCCCCCCCACCCCCCCGCCCGGCGUGCUGGUGAACGCGAAGGGAAAACAUAAGAGAACACGUCUUCGCCCACAUGGUACUACUUACUGGUGUCUGAGCUGGGCAUCGCUUCUCGAAGGGCCUGGAGCCACCAACUCUCGCUCCCUGGUUGUCUCUGACUCACCCAGGCUGCCCAUGGCUCAGGGGAGGACCGCUGCUGUUGCCAGGACACAUGCAGCUGUGUGGGACUGGAAAGAGGGGACCCUGGGCCAGGAGGUAGGCAAGCAGGAGGACCCUAUCCUAAGCAGGCACCUUGGUGGAGCCCCACCAUGCUACGGGGAGGAGGGUCCCUCCCAACACUGCUCUGAGGGUCAAGUUCCAACCCCGAGGUCGUGAGACCCAUCAGAGCAAUUCCACCACCCUUCCCCCUUCCAUGCGGAAGGAAAUGUCUCUCUGGGCAGAGGGCUUUCUGCAGCUAAGAGCCAGCCCGUUUCAAGCUUACCUGUCAACCCUCUGUGCCUCAUGUCACUCUGCUGUGAAAGGGGGUGGUAACUGGGCUUCUCCUCUCCCAUCUCCGGUCCUAUUCACACCUGUUCCUUGGAAGGUAGGACUUUUGCACACUGAAAGCACCCGAGGCAACCUGCCUACCUUAUUGGACUUGGUUUCAUCACCUACGCCUGCCUGGACGUUAGCAUGUUAACAUAUAUGAGAAAUGUAGUGGAACUAGACAGGGACGACAGAAAGAGACAGGGAGGACUUGGUGGCUUUCGUAGCCCAUGGGCAGCUCUGGGAACUCUAGAUUCUGCCCCAUUUUCUGGUAGACUAUGGUCACCGUCUGGGCUUCUGGGAACAACAGCAUUUGCCCACACCAUGGGUCCUCUCCAAUGCUGUAGAGAACAUCCUGGGGCCAACAUGCAAGGAAGGGAUGGGGCCGGCUUCUAACACCUGCCAUCUGCCUGCUUCCUCCAGUUCCUGCAAACAGCCACAGCCCCUAGUCACCUGAGGCUCCUCUGUUUGCCUCUUGAGUAGGAGUUUUUUCAAGCCUCCGCUUUGCUGGUAAAACCCCUGUACUGUGUUCGAGCUCCAAAACCCUGCCCCGUUCCUGUAGCCUACACCCUCCAGGGAUGAGGCUGAGUAGUUGACCAAAAAGCUCAGGUGCAGAGAGGUGAAGAGCCCUAUGAGUUAUCAGAUCACACUCUAUGCUGGUCCUGGGGUCGGUGGCAGGUCCCCAGCAGCAAAACAUCUCUGCUGGUCUGCACCUCCCUGAGUUUGCAUUGGUUUCCAGGGACCCCUGGGAGGGCGCAGGACCGGAGUCCCCAUUUCCCCCAAGCUGUAGAUGCAUGAGAGUUGGCUCUUCCUAUUAUUGCCUUGGCUCUUUCCUGUGCAAACACAACACAACAAAAAGGCCAGAGAAGACCACAGACUCUCCCUCUCGCAGCAACCCUGCAGACACUCCCUGUUUGGUCCUGCCUCUAGACGCUCUUCCAGCCAGCCCAUUCGCCUCAGACCCCUGGUCCUCAGCAUUCACCCGCAGGGGCUUAGACCCCAGUCUGUAUUUCAGACUCACUUCUGGACUCACCAGCCAACAAGACCUAGCUCUCCCAUGGGCCAAACGACUGGAGCAGAACCAAACUUUCAACCUACAAAUGAACCCAGUGGAAUCCAGUGAUGUUGGGUUUUGGUUUUUAUUUUGUAAAGGUAAUGACUUCUUAUAAACUCACUUUUUCUGAUGACCAGUUAGUUAUUUUUGUUUUAUUCUUGGCUGCAGUUUGGAGUUGUACAUUGUAAAAUAUCCAAAGAUGUUGAGUACUGUAUGAUCAAGAGCUUGAAGCAAAUGGUUAUGGGGAGAAGGGUGGUUGUGUUUUGUUUUGAUUUUUUUUUUUUUUUUAUGUUUCUGGUUUCCUUGUCGCUCUGUGGGAGAACUUUGGAAUUUUUUCUAUUUAUAACUCUUUUUAUGUGACUGCUAUAUGUAAAAUGGCACUCAACAAAAUUUGCCUUAGUGAUUCAAGGGACAAUCUUCCAUAACUUUGGUCGCACGACGCAUCCUGCGGAGAAACUCUCAGCUAAUUUUCUGCUAUUUAUUAAACAGUAUUAAUUGACUUGA